AUGAUCAAGGACAAUGUGGUACCAUUACCUUUCCUUCUAGUGUGCUGCGCUCUACGGCCGAGAGGUAUCGGUUUGAUUCGGUUGCCAUUCGGAGUGUCAGACCAUCGUUCAGGACCAUACCUACCAAAUUUGUACAUUGCGGGAAAUAAGAUCUACCAUCGGACGCAGUCGAUCCCUGAUGUCUCUCUGCCAGGACAGGACAAGGACUUCUCUGGCCAUGCUCAACUAAAUCCUUUCACACACAUGGCUGGCGUAGGAGCCGACUUCGAUCUUGGCGACUCCUGGGGCGCUGGAUAUGCUCUGCAAGGGGUUAAUUUUUUAGGCUUGGAUCUUCGUAAGCACUAUCGACAGUACGCCCAAAUGCCUCACUUGUACACUGACGGAAUGCAUCAACCUUUUCAAGUAAGUUGUCUAUUUUUUUUCAUUCACAACGGCUGUUAA